AUGCAGCAACCGAAGGGAUACGAGCAAGGCGGGCCCAACGUGGUUUGCCACCUCAAGCGCACUUUGUACGGGUUGCGCCAGGCGCCGCGUGCAUGGCACAUGCGCCUGAAGGAGGAGCUCGGGAACUUUGAGUUUGUGGCGUCAAUGGCGGACGCGGCGCUCUUCACGGGAAUAGUAGCCGGGGAGCGGGUCUACAUAGUGGUGUGGGUGGACGACAUCCUAGUGGCGGCCCGGGGAGCGGAGCGCAUUGCCAAAGUGAAGGCGCAUUUGGGGGAGAAGUUCGACGUGCGCGACCUGGGGGAGGCGAAAUACUUCCUCGGCAUGGAGCUGGCGCGCGAUAGGGAGGCGCGCACCCGGAAGCUAACACAGAAGAAGCUGACGGGAGAGGUUGUCGGACGUCGGCCGGACAUUGCACAGGCAGUGGGCGCGCUUGUGCGCUUAAUGGCGGGGCCGACGGAGGAGCACUGGCGGGCGGCGCUUGGAGUUGUGCGCUACCUAGCGGGUACGGCAGAGGACGGGGUAAAGUUUGGGGGAAGCGGAGAGACUCUCAUCGCUUAUUGCGACGCAGAUUACGCGGGUGACGUGGACACAAAGCGGUCCACAACGGGGUACGUCUUCCUGAUGUAUGGGGGGGCGGUGAGCUGGUCGAGGUAG